CCGUAAGCUCCCAAAAUUUUCUACAAAGCUUACACGAUCUAGGGCUGCUUUCCUCUUCGACCGGGAAAAGCUUACACCUGAUCUAGGGCUGCUGUCCUCUUCGUGUUGGCUGCUGUCCUCUUCGACCGGAGUCCCCUGCAAAGUUCUUCUGGAUCUAGGGUUUCAUCUGUUCGAUGGUCUCUAUGCCCUUUGAGUUUAGCGACCGGGCUUCAAGGUUUUAGCAUUUUGCUUGGAAAUUCAUAUUCAUUUUGGCGGAGGAGAAGGCAAAACGACUAGGGCAACAGGGCUUCUGACGGAACAAGGUGGGAGACGAUAACGUCGGCUAACCUUCAACCCUAGCCUGGCUGGAUUCUGGCAGCACGGAGGAGUUUUGACCGGAAAUUACAGUGCAUCGAUUGGUCUGCGAUGAAUGAGAAGUUAAUGAGCUCAACAAGAUCCGGCCAAAUACUCUAACGGUAGAAGCCAGAUUUUUUCCCAUUCCAUCAUCUCAAUCUCCUAAAAGCAUGAAAAAGAUCCAGCUAAAUCAUGGGUGUACGGUAUAUAGACAAGACGGACUAAUUAGAAGCGAAAUUGGUUGAAAAUGCUACUUGGAAGGAAGAGUUGCAUCAGUUGCUGGUCUGAAAUUAGUUCCAGGGUGGCAGAGAGCUUAUUCAAGCCCAAAGGACUAUUUUUGGGUAUGUAAUCCUUCCCUUCGUCUUUCUCAGUUUAAAACUCGAGCAUUCAAUAUGUAAUCCUGUAAUUAUAAUUCUGUAUGCCUGUUAUUAAAAUGAUCCGUUCAUUACCGUUAUUAAAGUUCGUGUCCGGUCAAAACUCACUUAUGAUGGGAUGGAGGAAGUAGUUUGUCUUCAUCAAGAAUGACUCUUUUUGGGGAUAAAUUCAUGUUAAGAAACAAAGCUCUGUAUACAACCAAUGGAGUAAUAUUAUAUUUGUUAUCAGUAACUAAAACAUGAAUGUUUAAACACUACACCCUCUAAAAAACACUAAACUUAUAGUAGUUAAAACACUCAUGAAUAUCAUGAGAACAUCUAAUAAUGUUUAAUAAAAUAGAGUCCUCUCAAUGUUCAGGUGAGUUAGACACAAACUAAGGCAUAUUUGGUGAUGCCAGAGUUGGGAAUUUUAGACAAUAUUUUUAUAUCUAACCAACCACAUGACCCCACAAUUGGUAAAUGCCAGAGUUGUGGACACCUAUGCUGGAUUCUUGCUGCUGUGGAAUGUUGCUGGAUACCUGGUCUUGCUGGAUAUGGACAUGGAGAUACUGGACACUCAUGUUUGGUCCUUGGCACUGGAAAUUCUUGCUGGACAAAUGGAUGCUGGACCGGAGCUGCACUCAUGGCUGGACCUUGGCGCUGGAAAUUCAUGGGAGUUGCUGGAAAGCUGCUGGACAGGAGGCUCCCAACGACUUGCUGCUGCUUUGGAAAUGGGGGCAACUGGACGGGGCUGCUGGACAGAGGUGCUGGUAUAGCCAUCGGCAUUGGCCUUAGAAGACCUCCUGACCCGCUGCUGCUUUGGGAAUGGGGCUGCCGCACCUACUUCUACAUGGAGAAUGGGGAUGCUACUGCUGGACUCCUAUGAUGGGGGCUUGGGGCUGCAAUUGGAUUUCAAAAUUAGAGUGGGGCUUCCUUGGAGCUUGGACAUGACGAUGGAUAUGCUGCUGCCGUUAGACUUGCUGGACAUGUUCCUCACAACGGGGCUGUUGUGGAAUGAAGGUUUGAUUGUAUCCUACAAAUACAUCGAUGCCUUUUGCUUAAACUUGAGGAUGGUUAUUGUUUGGACUUGGAUUGAUAAUGGUUUGCUUUGGAAGUCUUUCUGCGUUUUGAUACGAAACAUUUGGAAUUACUCCCUAUCAAAAGAAUGAGAGCUGUUUUGCACACUUGGGAAACAGGAAAUCAAUCUCCUGGCUAGGUGGGGAGUGUGGAGGUGGAGGAGGAUGAUAUGUUGUACUUUCAUGUAAAGUGCCAAAAGACUGAUGCAAUUGAGACAAGAACAUCAAACGAAACAGAGGCAACAGGUGUUUGAUAAACUUGCUCAAGAACUGUGAUGAUGGAGUCGUUGUUGCUGCCCACAAGAUGGUUGAAAAUGAAUGGGAACAUGUCAACAUGAUACACUCAUGCACAUGGUAAGACAUUCACCUAUCUCAAAGACAUGAGUAAAAAGUGAGAAAAAAUAGGAAGAAAUACUUUGUUUAAAUUUAUUUAACUCAAUUUGUCCUUUUAUGUUGCUGAAAUAUUUAGUUAAUAAUAUCAAGUUACUGGCCACAUUAUCUUCAGAUGUUAAAAGUUUAGUGAUUAAGGGUUCAAUGAUUCUUCAGUUGUACUCAUAUUGAUAUUUUACAUUGAAAUAUUUGUGGUUUCUUCAUUGUUUCUUGCGGUACAGAGGUUUCAUU